GUGAUCCCAACUGAUGGAAAGGUGAAAUUCAUCAAGGCAUAGGAUUGUUUCCCUCUCAUUUUGUGACAGCUGACCUCAGUGCUGAACCAGAAAUGAUUAAAACAGAGAAGAAGACAGUACAAUUCAGUGAUGAUGUUCAGGUGGAAACAAUAGAGCCUGAGCCUGAACCAGUAUAUAUUGAUGAAGACAAAAUGGACCAGCUUCUGCAGAUGUUACAAAGUGCAGAUCCAAAUGAUGACCAGCCAGAUCUACCAGAGCUGCUUCAUUUGGAAGCAAUAUGUCACCAAAUGGGACCAUUUAUUGAUGAAAAACUGGAAGAUAUUGACAGAAAACACUCAGAACUUUCAGAACUUAAUGUGAAAGUGAUGGAUGCACUUUCAUUAUAUAACAAAUUGAUGAAUGAAGACCCAAUGUUUUCCAUGUAUGCAAAAUUACAGAACCAACAGUAUUAUAUGCAGUCACCUGGUGUUUCUGCUUCUCAGGUAUAUCCAGGGCAGCCUCAAAGUGGUGCUUAUUUGGUGACAGGGAAUGCCCAGAUGGGCCAUCUUCAGAGCUAUAGUCUUCCCCCAGAGCAAAUAUCUUCUCUCAGUCAAGGAGCCAGAUGCUUCAGUCAGGAAACAACCCGGCUGUUCUCUGACCCAGAGAUCACAGUUCUUAUUGAGAACAGAGCCAUUAGGCAGGAGAAUGAAAGAGAAAGUGAGGAGGAAGAGGAGUGUGACUAG